CGACGCUCAACUAUCCAACGACAAUCCUCGAUGUUUGGAACAAUCGAGUUUAGUAAUUGAUCAGUGGGCGGCGAUGGCAGUCGUGCGGCUUCUGUUUGGUGUAGGUUCUUUCUUAUUUGGAAUUCUAGCUCACUCGGCUGCGAGUGAACUUUCUGAGCGAGUGCUUCCUGGUGACAUGAUCAUCAAGCAUGUCAGAGUUGACACAACUGAGGUCUUGAAAGAGUCGUACAUGGCAAACUUGAGCGAUUCUCGGGCGGAUACUUGCGUUAGAGCCGUCGGAUCGACGGAUGAUGAAACGCACAUGAGCAUCGGUAUCGUUCUCGCUAGUUGUCUGGAUGUCUCUAGAGUUAGAGUCGAUGUGGAGAGCGAUGAUCAGAAAGUGUUGAAGAAGGUGAAAGUCGAGAUGCGCAAACUGUGCGGCCAUUUGUCAAAUAUUUUGAGUUGUAAUCGGGACGGAAUGGCUUCUGAAGGAUUUCUUGACUACACGUGCGGAUUAUCUUGCAAGAGAGUGACAGUGUUGAUACCGAUUGGUGUAACCGUUUGUCGGCUGACUGUCUACAGAAAGCGUACAUCUGAAUCAAGUACUAAUUUGACUGGCACAAUAGCUGAAACAUGUAGUGCAUUAUUGGCACUCGUUGUCUUUGUUAUGUUUUUCGUUUUCUGCUUUAUGAGAUAUAAACAUUUUUCUGUACGAAACAAUCAACCAAAGUUUGAUAACUCCUCUGCUUCGGACACGUCUGAAACACUUUCUACGAGACAAGGCGUGGAAAUUUUGACCUCCAGCAGGCUUUACGGCAUGUUUUCCAAUAGAAAAGGUUUGCAGACCAAGCCUGUAUAUGCUGCUGUAGAAGAUCGUACGGAAGUGUUGGAAUCUGCAGAGGCUGCGUUGCGUGAUACUUUGACAGCAAACACAGCUUACUCACAACCCAACGCAGUUCAGGAACAACAGACCGAAGAGGAGGAGACAGAAUUUACAGAUCCUACCUACGAAAUUCUUCAGUCUGUCUGACAGAAGCAUUGCUUCGCGCUUGAACUUUAACGAAAACUUUUCUUAACCUAAACUCUUCUCCCGAAAGAGAUUCAGUGGUCCUUUCUUGUACAUAUAGUUGUCGACUAUUUAACUAACAUUGCUGAUAAAAUAGAGCCAUUUGCUGCAACCAAACGUUAAGUUUAGAACUGUUCUUGUGGGAAAUAGAUUUAUUGCAUACGAGUAAUUGGGAAAUAGUA